AUGUCCACUGACACGACCGCAAAAGGCUGGACCGAUCGCCAACGCCUUGCCUACUACUUCUCGCUAGUCGAGCACUCCAACGUAAAACUAGAUUUCACCAACGCACCCCGUCCCGAGGGCAAAUCCGUAGGCGCAUGCCGCAUCAUGGUCGACCGGCUCAAGGGCACGUUGAAAGAGGAGUUGGCUGCACUACGCGGUAGCGACGCUAGUGCAGGUGAUACUACGCCUAAGAAGGCGGUUACGACGCCGAGGAAGCGGAAGGCAAAGGCGGAGGUGGAAGGGGAGGAUAUCACACCAGUGAAGCGGGAGAGGAAGAAGAAAGUCGAGGAUGAAAUGGGAGAAGAGGAGAAGGUGGUGGUUGGUAACAACAUGGGCAAGGAGGAGCAUCUUGAGGAUGUCGUCUGA